CCUCGGUUGCUUCCCUCUAACCGCAACCAUUGACGCCAUGUCUGGAUAUUCGAGUGACCGAGACCGCGGCCGGGAUCGAGGGUUUGGGGCCCCUAGGUUUGGAGGAAGUAGAGGAGGACCUCUAUCUGGAAAGAAAUUUGGAAAUCCUGGGGAGAAACUCAUUAAAAAGAAAUGGAAUCUCGAGGAACUGCCCAAAUUUGAGAAGAAUUUUUAUCAGGAACAUCCUGAUUUGGCGAGGCGCACAGCACAAGAGGUUGAGACAUAUCGAAGAAGCAAAGAAAUUACAGUACGAGGUCACAACUGCCCAAAACCAAUUCUAAAUUUCUAUGAAGCAAAUUUUCCUGCAAAUGUCAUGGAUGUAAUUGCAAGACAGAACUUUACUGAACCUACUGCUAUCCAAGCCCAAGGGUGGCCUGUUGCUCUAAGUGGGCUGGAUAUGGUUGGAGUAGCACAGACUGGAUCAGGGAAAACGCUGUCUUAUUUGCUGCCUGCCAUUGUCCACAUAAAUCAUCAGCCAUUCCUAGAGAGAGGUGAUGGGCCUAUUUGUUUGGUGCUGGCGCCAACUCGUGAACUGGCCCAACAGGUACAACAAGUAGCUGCUGAAUACAGUAGAGCAUGUCGUCUAAAAUCCACUUGCAUCUAUGGUGGUGCUCCAAAGGGACCACAAAUACGGGACUUGGAAAGAGGUGUAGAAAUUUGCAUUGCAACACCUGGAAGACUGAUAGACUUUUUAGAGUGUGGAAAAACUAAUUUGAGAAGAACUACUUACCUUGUACUUGAUGAAGCAGACAGAAUGCUUGAUAUGGGCUUUGAGCCUCAAAUCAGGAAGAUUGUUGAUCAGAUAAGACCUGAUAGACAAACCCUAAUGUGGAGUGCAACAUGGCCAAAAGAAGUGAGGCAGCUUGCUGAAGACUUUUUGAAAGAUUAUAUUCAUAUCAACAUUGGUGCUCUGGAACUGAGUGCAAACCACAAUAUUCUUCAGAUUGUGGAUGUAUGUCAUGAUGUAGAAAAGGAUGAGAAACUUAUUCGAUUGAUGGAGGAGAUCAUGAGCGAAAAGGAAAAUAAGACUAUUGUUUUUGUGGAAACCAAAAGAAGAUGUGAUGAACUUACCAGAAAAAUGAGGAGAGAUGGGUGGCCUGCAAUGGGUAUCCAUGGUGACAAGAGUCAACAGGAGCGAGACUGGGUUCUAAAUGAAUUCAAACAUGGAAAAGCUCCUAUCCUGAUUGCCACAGAUGUUGCAUCUAGAGGGCUAGAUGUGGAAGAUGUGAAAUUUGUCAUCAAUUAUGACUACCCUAACUCUUCAGAGGAUUAUAUCCACCGAAUUGGACGAACUGCCCGUAGUACCAAAACAGGCACAGCAUAUACUUUCUUUACACCUAAUAACAUAAAACAAGUAAGCGACCUCAUCUCUGUGCUUCGGGAGGCUAAUCAAGCAAUCAAUCCCAAAUUGCUUCAGUUAAUUGAAGACAGAGGUUCAGGUCGUUCCAGGGGUAGAGGAGGCAUGAAGGAUGAUCGACGUGACAGAUACUCUGCGGGCAAAAGGGGUGGAUUUAAUACCUUUAGGGACAGGGAAAAUUAUGACAGAGGUUAUUCUAGUCUGCUUAAGAGAGAUUUUGGGGCAAAAACUCAGAAUGGUGUCUACAGUGCUGCAAGCUACACCAAUGGGAGCUUUGGAAGUAAUUUUGUGUCUGCUGGUAUACAGACUAGUUUUAGGACUGGUAAUCCAACAGGGACUUACCAGAAUGGUUAUGACAGUACACAGCAAUAUGGAAAUAAUGUCCCAAAUAUGCACAAUGGCAUGAACCAACAGGCAUAUGCAUAUCCUGCUACUGCAGCUGCACCUAUGAUAGGUUAUCCAAUGCCAACAGGAUAUUCUCAAUAAGACUUUAGAAGUAUAUGUAAAUGUCUCAAGUUUUUCAUAAUUGCUCUUUAUAUUGUGUGUUAUCAGACAGGCUAGUUAUUUAAGAAACAUGGGAGAUGCAGAAAUGACUGCAGUGCAGCAGUAAUUAUGGUGCACUUUUUCGCUAUUUAAGUUGGAUAUUUCUCUACAUUCCUGAAACAAUUUUUAGGUUUUUUUUUGUACUAGAAAAUGCAGGCAGUGUUUUCACUAAAGUAAAUGUACAGUGAUUUGAAAUACAGUAAAUGAAGGCAAUGCAUGGCCUUCCAAUAAAGAUAUUUGAAGACUGA